GUCAGUCCCAGCUUGGAUCUCGUUACCCGUGCAGCACAGCGAAUUGUGGAGUAAUUGUUCCCGUGAGACGUCGAAUCAGCAGCUCAACAAUGCGAAUGUUCGUACUUCCUUGUCUCGCCGUGUGCGUGGCAUUGGCCCACUGUGGCACCGUGGCAGUCGAGGAUAAAAAGGCCGAGGGCGACGGCAAGACCGUGGAGAAGAGGGGCCUUCAUCUGGGCGACUACCACCACUACCAGCCCCACCACGAGCACCACCACGAGCACAUCAAGACGGUGACCAUCGAGAAGAAGGUUCCGGUCCACUACACGGUCACCAAGCACGUGCCCUACACCGUCGAGAAGAAGAUCCCCUACGAGGUGAAAGUGGAUGUGCCCCAGCCCUACAUCGUGGAGAAGAAGGUGCCUGUCCAUGUCAAGGAGUACGUCAAAGUACCCGUCCAUGUGCCCAAGCCCUAUGAGGUGAUCAAGAAGAUCCCCUAUGAGGUUAAGAUCCCCGUUGACAAGCCCUACGAGGUGAAGGUUCAUGUGCCCCAGCCCUACGAAGUGAUCAAGAAGAUCCCCUAUGAGGUCAAGGUCCCAGUGCCCCAGCCCUACGAGGUGAUCAAGAAGGUUCCCCAUGAGGUUAAGGUUGAGGUUCCCGUUCCCAAGCCCUACGAGGUGAUCAAGAAGGUGCCCUACGAGGUCAAGUACGAGGUGGAGAAGCCAUACGAUGUGGAAGUGCCCAAACCCUACGAUGUCGAGGUCGAGAAGCCAUACACCGUCGUUGUGGAGAAGAAGGUGCCCUAUGAGGUCAAGGUUCCCGUCGACAAGCCCUACAAGGUUGAGGUGGAGAAACCCUACCCAGUCCAUGUGAAGGUGCCCGUCCCUCAGCCUUACACCGUGGAGAAGAAGGUUCCUUACACCGUCGAGAAACCCGUGCCCUAUGAGGUCAAGGUGCCCAUCGAGAAGCCCAUUCCCGUCUACUCGGAGGUGAAGGUGCCCAUUCACAAGGAGAUCCCCGUGCCGGAGAAGUACCACGUCGAGGUGCCAAUCUUCAAGCACCACGAGCACCACCACGAGGACCACCACGACUACCACAGCCACAGCCACGGCCAUGGACACUACUAGGGAUUCCCGGGAAAGCCCAGAGCCAGACGCACAGAAAGCGAGCACAAGAAGGAGAAGGACGAACAGGGAGGAGAACAAGGAGAACGAGGAUUAGGAAGAGCAGCAGGCGAGACACUAACAGCGAGUCCAUCUGUAUCCCCCAGAUGCAGAUGCAUCCACGCAGCAACGUUGAGCUGGACGUUGAACGGGUGACACGAGCGGGAGGAAUUGAAGAUGAAGGGCCUGAAGAAUUCGCGCAAUUCUUUCGGCCAGAAGGAGGAGAAGAAGAAGAGGAGCCAGAGCAGAAGAGGGAGAGCCAGCGGGGAGUAGCAGUCAGAGGACAAACUAACUAGCUACUCCCAUCGAGAUCUGGCGGAAAGCCACGAAAACGGUUUCCGCAUCAGUUUUAAGCCAAAUGUGUUAGUACUUUUAUCAUUGUGUUAGACCCCUACGAUUUCUAUUUAAAUUAUAAGCUAAAGAAACACUGACAA